GUCCUGACGCUAGCUUUUCAGCAGUGGUGCUUUUGUCAAAGGACUGACUUCCGUUUUGAUUUUUCACCAGGUUUCUGGAAUUUACUGACUAUUAAGAUUCUGGCCUGUGUUUCUUUUCGACAGACGGUAGCAGCAGUUUAAUAUUUGCGCUGGGAAGACAAUCAGAGGAGCUUCGUGUUAUUUUACCUGUAGUUUUAUCUGUUAUUCUGUUUUAUUGUUGGAAAACUCGACUGUUUACCUAGCUAGCUGGCUAGCAUCAGCCAGCUGAGUUAAAUCACCUAGCAUGUUUCGGUUUUUGAAUGACGUUGAUGACGACCCCUACAUGAUGGAUCCGUUUGCAGCUCACAGGCAGCAGAUGAGGACCAUGUUCGCGCCAUUUUCUGUGGAUCCUUUCGCUCUUGCCCCCCAGAUGCAGCCGCAGCGUGUGCCUCGCAGACAGGCUGGUCCACUGACCCCAUUCGGCAUGAUGGGAAUGGGUGGUGGAUUCAUGGAUAUGUUUGGCAUGAUGGGAGAAAUGAUGGAAAACAUGGAACGAAUGACCGGUACCCCAAACUGUCAGACAUUUUCCUCCUCAACUGUCAUCUCCUACUCCUCUUCAGACAUAGGAGCUCCUAAAGUUUACCAGCAGACCAGUGAAACAAGAACAGGGCCUGGAGGGAUACGUGAGACACGGCAGUCAGUAAGAGACAGUGAGAGUGGGUUGGAGCGUAUGGCCAUUGGCCAUCACAUUGGGGAUCGUGCACACAUAGUGGAGCGUUCACGAAAUCGGCGCACAGGAGACCGCGAGGAACGACAAGACUUCAUUAAUCUUGAUGAGACUGAGGCUGCAUCAUUUGAUUACGAGUGGAGGAGAGAGACAGGAAGAUACGUUCCUCCCAAUGCCCGUGCCCUGGACUACGGCCGGGAUCGACGGGCAGGAGGCCAGCAGCUGGCUCUUCCUGCCCCUCCUAGCUCAGCGUCACCACCAGGGCAGCGGCACGAAUCCCCCAGACACCGCCAGCCACAAACCCAUCCACGUUACGACUGGUGAGAAGGUACGACAAAGGCCCUGAAAGCUCCGUGUCACACCGGAUACAAGUAGUAGAUGAGAGGCGCUGAGGGAAGGUGUCCCUGAUGCUGUGAACCACGCUGAAGAUGGAAAUUGAUGAACGUUAUAACUGCCUGUCUUAAAUGUUUGACAUGACUGGACAGUCUACACAUAACAACACAUACACACACACACACACACACACACACACACACAGAGCCCCCCCACACACUUGAAAGUAACAUUUACAGUUUAUUUGUUGCAUACAAACACACAAAGUGCUACUCUUGUUCAAACUUGGGUAUAACUUCACUUACUUUAUAUAUACUCAUUCUCAAAACUUGACAUGUUUUUGCCCACUGCACUGAAGUGCUACAGUAUACAGUAACUCUGCUGUACAGUCCAUUUUAUGUUUGUGAAGACACUAGUGUGUCAGUGAAUUGAAUUGUAUACUAUUAACUAAUUAAUCUAAAUAAAGGUUCAUUGAACAUUGUUAGAUAA